ACGACUGCCCUGACCGCGCCACUAGUCACCGCUUUCUUCAAGCUCCAGCUCUUCCCCACAGUGUGGUCCUGUUGUCGUUGCUGUUCUCUGUGGGCUGCAGUAGGAGCAUCAGCUGAGCGCCGCCAUGUCUCACGGAUGGGGAUACGACCCAACUAACGGACCAGACAAGUGGGCCGAAAACUAUCCUGUAGCUAACGGGCCCAGACAGUCUCCCAUCAACAUCGUCCCUGCCGAGGCCCAGUAUGACUCCUCUCUGAAGGCCCUGAAAGUCAGAUAUGACCCCAAAAACUCUGGCAACAUUCUGAACAACGGACACUCCUUCCAGGUGGACUUUGUCGAUGAUGGAGAUACUUCCACCCUUACCGGAGGCCCCAUCGCUGGAACCUACCGCCUGAAGCAGUUCCACUUCCACUGGGGCGCCAGCAACGACCGCGGCUCCGAGCACACCGUCAACGGAGAGAAGUUCCCCUGCGAGCUCCAUCUGGUCCACUGGAACACCAAGUACCCCACCUUUGCAGAAGCCGUCAGUCAGCCGGACGGACUGGCUGUGAUCGGGAUCUUUCUCAAGCUUGGUGGUGCAAACCCCAGGCUGCAGAAAGUUCUGGAUGCCCUGGCUGCCAUCAAGUCAAAGGGCAAGCAGACCGUCUUUGCUAACUUUGAUCCCAGAACCAUGUUCCCUGGUUCUCUGGCUUACUGGACCUACGAUGGCUCCCUCACCACCCCCCCUUUGCUGGAGAGCGUCACUUGGAUUGUUCUCAAGGAGCCAAUCAGUGUCAGCCCUGCCCAGAUGGCGAUGUUCCGCAGCCUCCUGUUCAGCGGCGAGGGAGAGCCGGCAUGCAGCAUGGUGGACAACUACCGGCCUCCUCAGCCUCUGAAGGGCCGCAAGGUCCGCGCCUCCUUCAAGUGAAGAAGCCUUGCUCCUCACGCCUGCCCUUCAGCCUCCACAACUGUCCUCCUGCCACAGCUCGUCUACCACUGUUUCCCACAUACCAAUUUACUAUACUCCAUCUUACUAUACUCCAUCUUACAGUACAUCUUACAAUACGACAUCUUACUAUACUCCCAGCAUGACUCCUGUAGUGAUGUAGGUCAGGGUGUGCGUUAUAUGAGGAACUCCUGGUCUUCCUAUAAACCACAGUGAUUGGUUAAUCCAGGCGGUUUUGAUCAUUUAUUGAUGUCACCUAUGGAAUUGACGUCAGCAUGGGAAUAUGUCAUUGCAGUGAUGGAUGCAGGUUUUAGAAAGGUUAACGUGUCACCCUCCUAACAACAGGACCAACGUGGUUUAAAGUCAUGGUCCUCCGUGAUUACAAGACUCCUCUUCUCAUCUUUCUGGUCUCAUAAUGAGAUGCCUUCUACACUUCUACAAAGCACUUCACUGUCCCAGUCAAAACAGGUUUGGUGUGCGAAGUCUACUUCUGUGUGCCAGUUUAACCUGCAGUUGUGUGUUUGUUGAGAAGCACAGCAGGAGUCAUGACGUAGGCAGGUGGGUUUUAAGAAGACAGAGUGACUGUUUAGACACUGUUGCUCUCACACCUGUUGUGAGACCAACUGGUGCAACUGGUACACCGAACCUGUCAUACUGCCUAUGCUCACAUCCCUUAAUCCCUCCCUCCAUCCCUGUCUCUCCUUAUCUCUUGCUUUCUCUCCAUCGUUCUCUCCAUCAUUCUCUCCAUCUUUCUCUCCACCAUUCGCCCCAUCAUUCUCCAUCUUUCUCUACUCUGCCCCUUUGAGCUACAAUCUCCUGUGAUGACGUCACUGGCAGAUGACGGCUCAUGUGGUCUUCCCCGGUGGCACGUCAACGUUAGCAGCACAUGCAACACGUGGUGGAGUGGAUGUAAGGGCUGGUUUUAUUUCAUGUUCCUGUUUGCGUUUUAUAAAGCUCUUCUUCGUAGGAAUAAAAGACAGUAGGCCUCGUUCCAUAUCCCAUCCCUCAUGCUUCUUCCUGCAUCCCGCCAUGUCCUGGCCGAGAGAGCUGGUGCUCCCAUAUUAACUCUGCUUCAUUCUGUCGUGUUGACACUGGAGGAUUUUUCUAUUGCAUUUACAGAUUUACAGUUUGGACAUAACAUAGUUCAGUGGUGUGCACGGCUUUUCUAAGUGGCUGCUGCCUGGCAGGUGGUGUUUCUAUGCAAGUUCAUUUUUAGAGCCUUGAAAUAUCAAAACCAUUGCUACAUAUUUACAGCCAAUUACAGUUAUGUAACAAGCUAGUUUCUUUAUUUAUGUAGUUUAUUUAGGUAUAAUAAGCUAGUUUAAUCAGCAGAUGCCAAGUUUUUAAUUGUAACUAUAACAGCUGAGCUCCCUACCACCCAGAGUGCGUAAGACGGUGUGUUCUUGUCAGAGGAGCGCGUGUUCCACAUCACGCUGAGCAGACAGGGUUGGAUUUUAGCGAUUGAAUGAAGAGUCCUUUCAGCUUUUUACACAUAAUGUUAUUCUUGUAUGCAUAUCCAUGAAAUCAAAUAAAGUGGCUUUUA